AUGGCUGCAUCCGCUCCUUCAGUGACGUCAAUGGCUUCGUCGGCUGAGGACGUGAACUUUGUGGCUUUGUCACAGUCCCAGGUCGAUGUGCAGAGGCGGUGCUGGGAGCUCGAUGACUGGGAGCUCGCCGGCGGCGAGGAGGAUCUGAUGGUUACGGCCGGCGAAUCUUUGCCUAGGGUUGUAUUUGGUGGCGUGCCGAGUCUUGAGGAAGCAAAAGAGGCAACUUCUGAACUCUCUGACGCUCUCGAAAAGGUAUAUCUAUCUUCACCUGAGUCCGUUGGAUAUGACAGUUUGCUUAUAGAAGAUCAUCACCCAAGCUCAUCGGUGGUGUCAGACUCGCAAGUAUUGGAGAACAAAGCCUGUGUUACCAAUCGGUCUACACCAGUCUCUGGAGAGCUGAUGCAUGCUAUUCAGGCAUUUAGGCUUCUAAAUGAAAGCUCUAGAGUUCAGAAUGUUGUCGCAUCAAUUGUUCAUGACACAAAGGUGUGGAACGCGGUGUUAGAAAACCGAGAACUUCAAGAGUUUCUCCAAUCACACAAGAACAGUAAUAAUCUUCCGGAUCAAUCAUCUCUAAACACAGUUGAUACAUCAUCCGAUUCCAGGGAAUCCACUGCUGGGAGUAGGCCUAAGGAUGUUUUCAAGAAAAUCAAGGUAACAGUGGUAGAUAUGUUGAGCAGCUUGUCUGAUUAUUUUCGGAAUUUCUUUGAAGUUGAUAAAGCAUCUGCAAAUUCUAAUGGAAGCGCGAGAUUAAACUCUUUAGACACGGCUUUGGAAGCAUGCUUCAUGGGAUUGGCUGUCAUGGCUAUAAUAAUAAUUUUGAUCAAAAGAGAUUAG